UCCCCGCCGCGUUCCAGCCUCCCGGGCCGGCUCGGCGUCGCUCUGCCGGCGCUGGGGGCGGGCACAGCCCCCUCCCUCGGUGUCCCCUCCCCGUCCCUCCCCCUCCCCCGUGGCGAGGCGGCGGCGGCGGUCGAGGCUGAGGCGGCGGCGGCGGGCGGGGCUCGGCUCGGGCUCCGCGGGCGGGCGGGCGGACAUGGCGGCCAACAUGUACCGGGUCGGAGAUUACGUUUACUUUGAGAAUUCCUCCAGCAACCCGUACCUAAUCAGAAGGAUAGAGGAGCUCAACAAGACCGCAAGUGGCAACGUGGAAGCAAAAGUAGUCUGCUUUUAUAGAAGACGGGAUAUCUCCAACACGCUUAUAAUGCUUGCUGAUAAGCAUGCUAAAGAAACUGAGGAAGAAUCAGAGACGACAGUUGAGGCUGACUUGACGGAGAAACAGAAGCACCAGCUGAAACACAGGGAGCUCUUUCUGUCCCGACAAUAUGAGUCCCUGCCUGCAACACAUAUCAGGGGGAAGUGCAGCGUGGCCCUGCUGAAUGAGACAGAAUCAGUGUUGUCAUACCUUGACAAAGAGGAUACCUUCUUCUACUCAUUGGUGUAUGACCCUUCAGUGAAAACAUUAUUGGCUGACAAAGGUGAAAUCAGAGUGGGUCCAAAAUACCAAGCCGACAUUCCAGACAUGCUACCAGAAGGAGACUCAGAUGAGAGGGAACAAUCAAAAUUGGAAGUUAAGGUUUGGGAUCCCAAUAGUCCACUUACAGAUCGACAGAUUGACCAGUUUUUAGUUGUAGCCCGUGCCGUGGGAACAUUUGCCCGUGCCCUGGAUUGCAGCAGCUCCGUGAGGCAACCCAGCCUGCAUAUGAGCGCGGCCGCGGCCUCCCGAGACAUCACCUUGUUCCAUGCCAUGGACACACUGUACAGACACGGCUAUGACCUCAGCAGCGCCAUCAGUGUGCUGGUACCGCUCGGAGGGCCGGUCCUGUGCAGGGAUGAGAUGGAGGAGUGGUCAGCCUCUGAAGCCAGCUUAUUCGAAGAAGCACUAGAAAAAUAUGGCAAAGAUUUCAAUGACAUCCGUCAGGACUUUCUCCCAUGGAAGUCCUUGACUAGCAUCAUUGAAUAUUAUUACAUGUGGAAAACUACUGACAGAUACGUGCAGCAGAAGCGCCUAAAAGCUGCAGAAGCCGAGAGCAAACUGAAACAAGUGUACAUCCCAACUUACAGCAAACCAAAUCCCAACCAAAUCUCCAGCAGCAGUGGCAAGGCCGGCACUGUGAAUGGAGCUGUGGGGACCCCGGGCCAGCCCCCGAGCCAGAGUGCCCUCCUAGGGCGAGCCUGUGAGAGCUGCUACGCCACACAGUCUCACCAGUGGUACUCCUGGGGCCCACCUAAUAUGCAGUGUAGACUCUGCGCGACCUGUUGGCUGUAUUGGAAAAAGUAUGGAGGUCUGAAAAUGCCUACCCAAUCAGACGAAGAGAAGUCCCCCAGCCCGACUGCAGAGGACCCGCGCGUGAGAAGCCACAUGUCCCGGCAGGCCUUGCAGGGCAUGCCGGUCAGGAACACCGGGAGCCCCAAGUCUGCAGUGAAGACCCGCCAAGCUUUCUUCCUUCAUACUACGUAUUUCACAAAAAUUGCUCGUCAGGUCUGCAAAAACACCCUGCGGCUGCGGCAGGCAGCGAGACGGCCAUUUGUUGCUAUUAAUUAUGCUGCCAUUAGGGCAGAAUAUGCAGACAGACAUGCCGAACUUUCUGGAAGCCCACUGAAAAGCAAAAGUACCAGGAAACCUUUGUCAUGUAUCAUUGGGUAUUUAGAGAUCCAUCCUGCAAAGAAACCUAAUGUAAUUCGAUCUCCACCGAGCCUGCAGACUCCAGCUACCAAGAGGAUGCUCACCACUCCGAACCACACAUCUCUGAGCAUUCUGGGGAAAAGAAACUACAGCCACCACAAUGGUCUAGAUGCCUCCAAGAUUCGGAUGGUGAAUUCUCUGAUUUUCGGAAGGGGAGGACAUGAAUUCAGAAGCCUGCAACUAGAAACUGUAAAAGAGAUUACUUUUGUGGCACCGGUUGAUCAGAGGGCAGAGUCUCCAAGUCCACGGGCUCCAAGUACUUCUGAGUAGUCAAACCAAUAGGGAACAUUUUGCAGAAAACAAAAACUUACCUGCUGUGUGUCAGACUGAGCUAUCCCUAUUCCAUCCUGAACUUCAAGACCUGCUACUGCCCCGCUGGUGGUCACAGCCAUGCCUGGAAAGGAGGCGGCCCCUUCAGUGGGAGAGUUCCGUAUACACCCCUUGAAAGCCCAAAGGGGCAGGGAAGAAACUGUAGGAACAUACAGUCUGGAUCUGUGACUCCAUAUGUGACCAGUGGCACCUAGCUUCCUUCCCAGAGACCUUGCUCUUCCAGAGUGGACCUGUCUUCAAACGGAGGCAGGGAGCUUUUAGCCUUCUGGCUUCCCAGCUCCCAGUUCCUAGAUGCAGCUGGCUCAGCCACGGAGGCUGCUGAGAGCCCGGAACCCCACCGCCCUGCAUGUGUGUACCCCACUGUUUCAUGCUGUGAAAUUAUGGUACAGGAGAGACCUGGCAUCUUUCUGAGUGGAUUUUCCUUCAGCAUAUGCCAGUGUUUCUGCAGUUCAUAGUAGUUCCCUGUUCUUGCUAUUGUAUCUCUUGGCUUUUCCUCAAUAGGCCGUCUUUCUUUCCUCACUGGAGAAAUUUAUUCUUUCUUUUCUGCAUUCCUGUACAGGAUUUGCUCCCACCCUCUGUGGAGCCUGAGGGUCUGGGGAGCAGAAGGUUCUUGGCCUUGGGCAGCCUGUGAGUGACUGUCAGCAUCUGUUUAGUCACUGGAGAGAAGCUGGGGUGGGGCUGGUUUGCCUUCAGUCCUGUAGUGCUCCCCAGAGAUCGGGUGUGAACGUGCCGAGCGUGUGCAUCACUGUGACAAGCUACUGUCCUCUUCCCUUAUAGCUAAACCAGCUGACAAAGACCUGUAGCCAGGGUGGAAGGCUCCUAUAGUGGAUCACUGACCCCCCCCCCCCAUUUUAUUUUAAGUAGACUCUGUCGGGCCUGAUGGGUGGGGUAAAGGGUGGAAAUCCUAUGUGUAGAUAUAAGUCUGUGUAGAUGGCUUUGUGUUCCCUCGCUCUUCCAGCUCAGUGUCUUUGUGAGAGUCUGUGCUGAGGCCCCUGGAGACCUGCCUGUUUUACUGCCCUGAAUAUCAGCCUCCAGUGACAUCCCAGAUGGCUCCUCUGCCAGCCUCCACACUUAGCCGCAGUCACCAAAGUAACUCCCUAAGCAGAGGAUGUGGCCACCUCUCCAUUAGCAGGGACAAGCUGUGGAGCACAAGAAUCCCAGGACUGUGAUCGAUGACUAGAAUCUGACCUUGCAACCACCCUGGGGCCUGUGUCUUAAAGCAGCUGGGCGGCUGAGAGGAGGCACUCCAGACAGGUUGUCGCAAGGCAGAGUUGCCACGGCUGGAACUGAAUCCCCCCAAAAAGUAAAUUGCCACAAAAAUAAUGGCAUCUGGACGUGUAUGUUCCAUGCAGAAGGAGGGGGUGUGGCUGAGGACAUCGGUCGGGGUACCAGCUGCCUUGUCCUCUCCCAGAGUUCUCUGGAGAGGAGGUUCUUCUCAUCACAUGCUGUUACACAGCUAUGGCAAGUGGCUUGGGACCCUGCAGGUGGGCCCUGGGUCAGUGGUGCCCAUGAAACAGGUGCAGGUGGCUGGCAUUUCACUAUAGUACCCCCAUCAGCAAAGACCCAGAAGAGAGAGCAACUGGCCUUAGGGUUUUAUUACUGUGAAGAGACACCAUGACCAAGUCAACCCUUAUAAAGGACAGCAUUUAACUGGGGCUGGCUUACAGAUUCAGAGGUUCAGUCCAUUGUCGUCAUGGCGGGAAGCAUGGCAGUGUCCAGGCAGACAUGGCGCAGGAGGAGCUGAGAGUUUUAUAUCUUGAUUUGCAGGUAGCAGAAGGAGACUCUGUGCCACACGGAGCAUAGUUUGAGCACAGGAGACCUCAAAGCCCGCCCCCACAGUGACACACUUCCUCCAACAAGGCCACACCUCCUAAUAGUGCCACUCCCCAUAGGCCAGGCAUGCAAACAUUUGAGUCGAUGGGCCAUACUUAUUCAAACCACCAUAGGUAUUCUUAUAUAAAAAGAGAAGAGCUAACACAAUAGUCUCUGACCCUGCCCUGGGUUUGUGUGGCACAUAGACAGAGAAACGCUUGCCUCCCCGUUUCCUUUCCUCUUCUACCCUGGCACAUCAUGAGUGACAGCUCAUCAUGCUAACAAUCAGUCACCCUGACCUGCUGGGGUUUUAUUCUCUCUACCAGAUCCAAGAGAUCUGGAGAAGGGCCUUGCCAGGGAUGGUAGUGGCACAGGAGGCUUGUCCUAGCCUGGAUCACACUUAGCUGCAGGAAAAGCACAGCUCAUUUUGAGCCCCAUGUAUCCAGAAUGUUCUUUCUCACCUUGCUUGUGAGAGCUUGCCCUUGUGGCCUCACCCUCCCCAACACAUAACUUAAGCAAUUUUGCUCCACCUGAUUACUGGGAAACCCAGAACACAGCAGGAAUGUCCCAGGGUAAAUAAGAUAGUUUCCAAAGGAUCUGGUCUCUUGUCUUUGCCUUUUUGAGCACUUGGUGUUGAGUGUCUCAUCACAGCCUUUCUGGGCCCACAAUGUUGCUGUCAUGGGAGUCAAUGGCAUGUCCCUGUUGUUCAGUGAGCAGAGGAGUAGCCAAGGUGAGGCUCUCUUCAUAGGCAUACGGCCAUGCCAGGUCUCCUGGAAGGACCCAAGAAACGUCUGCCCUUAGACAUUGCCACUGCUCUGAUAAACUGAGGGUGCACGAAAGUGGGGAACUGAAGGAGGUUGCUGGAAGCUCCCACAGUUUUGCCUUGUCUACAGCCCAGUGUCUACCACUCAGGGCCCAGCCAGGAGAGCAAAACUUGUUUUUAGGGUUCAGAACUGAAACGAGAACAGCAGGAGUGGAGAGCAUGGGUCAGAGGUACAUUAGUGCAGAGGCCAUGAAACUACAGGCCAGGGCCACUGCAAAGGAGCCAAAGCCAUGACGCAUCACAGUGGGGAGAAAGAACUUGGCCUCUCCCUCCUUGACCUCUGCAUUUCUGUGGGUGCCUCCCACCAGAUGGCUCCAGCCAGAAGCCAGCUACCCUGGGAGCCUCUGGACUCAGCAUGCAGCAGGAGAUAGGAGGAGAGGGCUUGAUGAAAAGCAGCCCUGGGGCAGGAGUACCCCUGUUGUUCUGUCUUUGGACCAUGGCAGCCCCUCUGCAAUGCUAAGACCUUGGGGAAGGAGUGGCCUGCUUGGGCUUGUAGAUCGUUUUCAUUCUUCUGGGGAGGAAAGGGUUUUACUGGCUCACAGUUGACGCUGCGCUCCUUUGGAGGAGUUUACCCACUAAAGCACCCUCUGCCUUGUGCUCCUCUCUAGAAAGCCAUGUCCUGGCUUCUGUGUAUGCCCCUGCCUGUUCCUUUCCUCCCAGUCUCUGGUUUCCCCCGCCAUGAGCACUAACCAGAGCUGGCCUCAGUGCUCGGGAAAGCUCUCUCCCACGCCUUGCCAGUGUGGCCUGUCUGUAGGAGAGGCCAUCUAUCCGUCGGUUUGUAUUGUGUUUCCAAUAAAUUUCUGGAAAUCA